AAAAUAUUAAGAGUCGUUUUUCUAAAAGAUCAGACCCUAGAAAUUCUUCUCUUCCAAUCUUCAAUUCGCCCUUGAUUUUUGUUAAUUGCAUAUCGAAUCAAUGGCGCUUCCGAAUCAGCCAACCGUUGAUUACCCAAGUUUCAAGCUCGUCAUCGUUGGUGACGGCGGAACCGGGAAAACAACCUUCGUGAAGAGGCACGUCACCGGCGAAUUCAAGAAGAGAUACGAACCGACAAUUGGGGUCGAAGUUCGUCCAUUGGACUUCGACACCAAUUUUGGGAAGAUCCGGUUCUACUGUUGGGACACCGCGGGACAGGAGAAGUUUGGCGGGCUGAGGGAUGGAUACUACAUCCAUGGGAAUUGUGCCAUCAUCAUGUUUGACGUCACUGCCCGGUUGACUUACAAGAACGUUCCAACGUGGCACCGGGAUCUCACCCGGGUCUGCGAGAAUAUCCCCAUUGUGCUGUGCGGGAACAAGGUUGAUGUGAAGACCCGACAGAUUAAGGCCAAACAAGUGACUUUUCACCGCAAGAAGAGCCUUCAGUACUAUGAGAUUUCCGCCAAGAGCAACUACAACUUCGAGAAACCCUUCCUUUAUCUCGCCCGGAAACUCGCCGGCGAUCCCAGCUUGCAGUUUGUGGCGAUGCCGGCUAAACAGCCCCCUGAGGUGCAAAUCGACAUGGCGGCCCAGCAACAGCAGGAAUUAGAGCUUGAGGCAGCUUCCAAGCAACCUCUUCCCGAUGACGGUGAUGACCUAUUAUUCGACUAAGAAAGGCACGAAAGAAGAUACAAAGUGUCUCAUAAUACGGACGUGGGACACCAACAAGAAGAGAUUUUGUACUUUUCUCGUGUUAAAAUUGGGAAGAGCAGUAGUUUGUUUUUAUUUUUAUUUUACCAGGAGAUUUAUUUUUGGUAGAGAAGACUAUUUUGAGGGGUUCCCUCCAAUGAUGUAGGAGUUUAUUUUGUGUCUAGAUUUUGGCAGGGUUUAGGUUUUUCAAUAUUAUGCAUUUGUCAAGAUUAUAGUUGUCUACUAUUCCUUGUGUUUGGUUUCUUUUUUGCUUUCUUUCUGUUUUUGGUGCUAGGGGACAUAGUUUAAUUAAG